CUAUGAAUAACAGGACAAGGAAUAAAUGAACACACGUAUAAAAUCAUGCCAAGUAUAUAUAUAUCGUACAAAUAAUUAUCUUAGGAACACUACAACACCAAGGAUCUAAAUCAAAUAUCUGGUUUAAGAGGAAGACGAAUUUAUUUAUAAGAUGGACAAAUCAAGAAUAAUUAAACGCGAUGUAGAAUUACCAACAGAUGCCAGAGGCAAAUUGGCUUUUGGUCUGUACAAUGUUUUUACACCUAAAGAAUGCAAGGAUUUCAUCAAGAUAACAGAGAAACGUGGUUACGAAGAAGCUUUGGUCAAUAUUGGUGCAGGAAGACAAUUAUUAAUGACGAACGUCAGGAAUAGCGACCGAUGUAUCGUGGAUUCACACGAGGAUGCAGAAAAAAUAUGGCAGAGAAUUAGAGAUUUUAUUCCUUCACAAUGGAAUGAACGACCUGUUUUAGGACUCAAUGAAAGAUUAAGAUUUUUAAGAUAUGACGGUGGGGGAUAUUUUAAGCCACAUUAUGACGGAUCCUAUAUUAGAGAAAACGGAGAGAAAAGUUAUAUUACUAUACAACUUUAUUUAAACGAGGCAACCACUUGUUGGAUUAUAAAGGUUGUAUUGUUAUGGCACCAGGGAUUUGACGGAGGAUCAACAACGUUUAUAUCGGCCAUGAAUGAAAAAGAAAGAGUCGAAUUUGUUCCCCAGACAGGAUCUAUAUUAGUUUUUCAACAUGAUAUUCUACAUGAAGGCUCAGAAUUAAUAAAAGGUAGAAAAUAUACCAUGCGAACAGAUGUGAUGUUUGACAACAAGAAAGUUGGACAACCUUUAACGUCAGCUUAGAC